AUGCCUGUUCCCGUCGCCCUAGCAACGCUUGCUGCCACGGGCAGCCUGGUGACUUCGAUCAAGUCGGCCAUAGAGCUCCGCAAGAUGAUGAAGCGGAAGGAGGAGACGAGGCUGGCCGAAGACGAGGCGCCACGCAUCUUCAACAGGCUGCGCCGGGCGUACAAGGAUGGGUAUCUGACCAGUGCUGAAUACUACCAGUGGUACGAGAAGUUCAUGGUGGCCAAGAUCGAGAGAGACUUGCCUGCCCUGCGCCGGAUUCGAGCGCACAUGAGAGUGCUCGAGGAGAACCCGCAGAGCCGCACCAUCGCCAGCCGCUCGCGGGCCUACGAGGACCGGGACCGGGGCCGGCGGCACUCGUUCUCGUACGCGCCCGAGCCGCAGAGCGCGGGCAGCAUCGAGUACUUUCCCGAGCCCGGGCGGCGCGUGGGCGCGACCCCUGACCAGUUCAUCCGGCUACAGCGGCAGGCGACGGCGACGUACCCGCGCCCCGCUGCCCCUGCUGCUGCU